AUGAAAAGUCUUGUAGCGAAUCAAAAGAGUCGUGAUCGAGAUACGAAUGAUUUUUCUAUUGCAAGGACGAUCGUGUCAAGUGGCACAGUGAUAAUCCUAAGAGAAAAUAGCUUUACAGCGAGACCCUUCCAUCGUGGCGGGGAUGGGGAUGAAGAUGGAGAAAAGUAUUUGAUAUUCGAUAUCUAUGAUAGACGUUAUGAAAAAGCGAGGAGUGAUAAAACUACUGGCAGCCUGAAUUCUGAAAGGUACUGGCCGACACCAUAG